AUGUCUUCAUUGAACAGUAACAACACAAUGGGUUUGAUGAGAGCUUCACUGGUAUCCAUCCUCAGUUUUGGUUUCAUGUUGAGCUUGUUCUGUGAAGAAGUUUUGGGAGAAGAAGAUUAUGAAAAUGAUGAUGAUGAUGAGCAAGAAAAACCAGAACUAUUUGCACGAGUUGGUAUGCCAAUUAAACAAUAUAUGGAUGGUCUGAUCAGAAAUAAUAUAAUGAGGAAUAUUGAAGUUCUUAAAUAA